GACACUACAACUACCACAAUGCCCCACUCUACCCUUUGGACAUUAUGGCUGCGCACUGUUCAUCAAUGGUGUUUUUAUUUACGUUUUUUCGUGUUUUCUCUUAUUUAAAACAGAGGAAUGUAGACAGAGUUUGGUUUCGAGUAUAACUUUCCAAAAAAGCAUCAGGAUAUUUCUGGAGUUAAAGCUCUAUCUGCGUCAGGAACGCUGAAACACGUUUUGCUUGAUAGCUAACGAGUCAGAUAGCCAGGUAGGUCUGUCACCGGUCCGAAUUUAGCUGUUGUAAACUCGGUUCACACUAAAUUAACUCGUGUUGUAAAGGCAAUGAUUGUAUAGCUUGUUUGUUAACCACUACAAUAAUUGCUUUUACUCGAGCACAAUACGGGAACACACUAUUUUUCUAUUCAUAGCUAUGUUUACCCCUGUAAAGUCGUCUUAUUUCAGAGUCAGUCCCACUACUAUCAACAGAGAGCUAGGCAAGACCAAGAUGAGAUAGCAAGAGGAGCCAUUGGUUAGCUAGCUACGCGAUCGUGAACACAAUUAGACAUUCAAUUCAGUCCCCAGAAGGUGCGUUUCACAGGAAAGAGAGAAACAGACGCAUGCCCAGCCAUGUUUGGGAGUCUUUUCGAGGAAGAGGGGGAGGGAUAUUCUCUGGCUCCCUCCGGAGGUAGAGUUGUAAAGGGGGAAGGGGAGCCACCUCCACCCCGGGGAAGAGUGAACCUCAGUGGGAUUAAAAACCAGGGAGGGACGUGCUACCUCAACUCGCUGCUCCAGACCCUGCUCUUCACCCCGGAGUUCAGAGAGGAGCUGUUCAGUCUGGGUCCAAAGGAAUUGGGCUGCCUGGAGGACAAAGACAAACCAGAGGCCAAGGUCAGGGUUAUUCCAUUGGAGCUCCAGAGGCUGUUUGCUCGUCUACUCUUGGUGGACCAACAGAGUGCCUCUACUACUGAUCUCACUGACAGCUUCGGAUGGAACAACAGUGAGGAGAGCAGGCAACAUGAUGUGCAGGAGUUGAACAGGAUUCUGUUCAGUGCCCUAGAGCACUCCCUAGUGGACACCAGCGGCAGUGCGUUCAUCCAGCGCCUCUACCAUGGCACCACUGUCAACAGCAUUCUCUGCAAAGAGUGUGGCAACAUCAGCCAGAGACAGGAGGACUUCCUGGACUUGACGGUGUGUGUACGUGGUGUGUGUGGCCUGGAAGGGGCGCUCUGGGACAUGUUUGUGGAAGAGGAGAUGUUUGAAGGCAGUAACCUCUACCGCUGUGGCCAGUGUGACCAACUAGUCACUGCUGCUAAGUCUGCCAAGCUGAGGAAGCUCCCUCCCUUCCUGACAGUGUCUCUGUUGAGGUUUAACUUUGACUUUGCCAGGUGCGAGCGUUACAAGGAGACUGGUCGCUACACCUUCCCUCUCACCAUCAACCUCAGGCCCUUCUGUGAACAGACUGAAGACGAGGACUCAGAGUACUCCUAUGAACUCUUCUCUGUCAUCAUCCAUAAGGGAGGCUGUUAUGGCGGCCAUUACCACGUCUACAUCAAAGACAUGGACCACCUCGGCUUGUGGGAACCGCCGGAGGAGGAUACCAAACCCAAGGUUCAGAAGAAGAAGGAAGUGAGAGCGUAUACUGAGCCGGAGAAAGACGACCCUCUAUCUGUACUCUCCUCCAUAAUAGCCCAGGAGGAGAGCAGGAGCGUGCUGCUGGACCAGCUGGGUCAGAGACUGAUGGACAAGAUCGGUUCUUCCUGGAGCAAGAAGUACAGGAAACUCCACGGCCCCAUAGGCAAGUUCCUCCAGAACCACAGUGAUGUGUUUGUGUUGGUCAAUAAUGGCACUUGGGUGGCCCUGAAAGCCAACCCCCCUAGCCCGGUGACCCAGCCCUCCAGCCCAGCCCAUCCAACCCCUGGCUCUAGCUCUACCCCAGACCCAGUCCACAACAACACAGCCAACCACCUACCAGAACCAGGACUGGAGACAGAACCGAAGACGGCACCAGAACCACAGGGCAGCCACUGGUUUGAUCUGAAUGACUCCACAGUGACGUCGAUCCAUGAGAGAGACGUAGAGAAAAUGUACCAGGGAAAGGAGAGUGCCUACAUGCUGUUCUAUAGGAAAACACUGCUACGCAGGCCUUCUGGAGCCCUGAGGAAUCCUGGGUAUCAGGUUCCCCCUCACCUCUUAGAGAUGGCUGAAGAGGAGAACAGAAGACUACAACAGAGACGGUACUCACGUGUACACACACACACACAUAAACGAAGACUGUAUUUUGCAAUGUUUUGCGGCUAUCUGUGUGUGUGUGCACUCUGCUAUAGGGAGGAGUUUGAGGCCAGCAAUAACAGUGUUGAGCUGCGUCUCCACCUAGCGCCACGCUAUAGGUUGGAAAACGGAGCUCUUAAGCCAAUCAGCAUAGAGCAGAAAGAGGCCACCAACCUCACCUUCGACCGCUGCAGGACCGUAGGAGACCUGCGAAUGAUCAUCUACCAGAAGCAGGAUCUCUGGGAGGGGGAUAUGGCUCUGACUGUGGCCAGAAGUCUGCCAGCCGGCCUUCACCUCUACAACACUCUCACAGAUGACGAGGUGUCUCUUUACAGUGCAGGCAUCUUGUCCGGCACUGAUCUGUUUGUGUGGAACGGCAGAGAGGUAUGUGGGGCGACUGUCCAAACAGGAGCCGAGUGGGAACCAGUGUUGCUGACCGUGGUUCGCCCCUCUCUGGGAGAAGAAGAAGAGGAGGGGGAGGGAGGGGGAGUGGGAGAGGAAGGAGGCUCGGGGCUGACGAAGCAGUCGAGGGGUUUCGCUGGGAGGGUGACUCUAGGAGAGGUGAGGGAGGCAUUAGGGGAGCCACAGGAGAGCCUCCUGUGUCAGGAGAAGAGGGGAGGGGAGGGAGGGGGGGCCAGCGGGUGGAGGGUAUUCCCUCCUGGAGACAUGCAGAGGACCCUGAAGGAGCUGGCCUUGAAGGAUGGAGACGCACUGCUGGUGCUGGAGCCACAGACACAGGACAGCAGUGUGUUCAGUGUGAGUGGUGAUAUGGUAACCGUGACAACACCAUCAGACUGUCGCUGGCUUCUGGUGGAAUACCGACCAGAGAGAAGAAGAAGAGGAGGGGGGGAGGAAGAGGAGGAGAGGAUGAGGGCAAAGGUCCCUGCCUCUGGAAACAUGCUCCUAUGUGAGGUGAAACAGAGGGCCAUAGCGGAGCUGCAGCUACAGGAGCAUCUAGCAGGUGUGGCAUGCUGUCUGAGGCAGGUGGACCGUACAGGGAAACUCCUGCCCCCAGUGUGUGAGGAGCUGAGUGUUCGUGACGCUGGGGUUAGGCUGAUGACCUCCCUGUCCCUCUGUCCUGGAACGGCCCCCAAAGACACACAGCUGUUCCUGUACUUCAGUGUGGGGACAGCACCCUCCUCUGGCUUGGAGGGGGAAAUCAUUGUAGAGCGCUCCAGCACAGUUAAACAGUGUCUCAAGAAAAUGUUGGAGUCAGCAAGACUUGAAGGGGACGGGUGGCAUCUAAGGAGGCUGGACUGGUGUGAGGAUGUGGGAGAGGCUUUGAUGGAUGAGGAGGCGUCUCUCUCAGAGCUGAAGAUGAGUCAUGGAGACGCUCUGGUGAUUACUGAGGGACGACUUCCUCCCAAGGGUUUUCUGAAGCUGUCAGUCUGGCUGUAUGUGGAGCCGAGCGCCUACUCCGUUGUCUCCAUGGAAACAGAGGUCAACGGCAUGGCCGCUGGGUCCACGGAGGGUCAGAGGUUGGAGGAUAUGACUACAGGUGAGACACACACACACAGUAUGAAACUAAGUCCACUGGCUAAAAUGUGUGUGUGUUUAGUGGGCGGGGCCAUGGUGGAGCUGAGGACUGUGGGACAGGUGGAGAUCUCAGAGGAGGCUACACUGGAAGAGCUGAAGACUCAGGUGCUGACCCUGCCGGAGCUGCAGUAUGUUUGUGUGCCCACUCCUGCGUUUCUGCGUGUGUGGCAGCUGGAGGGACAGAGACUAACCCGUAUCCUCAGAGGACAACAGCACACACUCAGGAAGUUGAAGUUGAGCAGUGGGGUGGAGUUUUGUGUGCAGCAGCUACUGAGAGAAGAGGAUCUUGGUCCCAAGGAGGUGUUGCUGCGUGUCCAGAUGGGGGUGCCAGGGGAGCGGGGUUACUACCCUCCAGAGGACCUGGUCUGGGAUGCUUCUCGAGACCCUUCCCCCAGAUCGCUACGCUCUGCCUUGGCCUCAACAUACGGCCUCUCUCCUGACUCCCUGCUACUGGCCAAGCACCAGCCACACACACACACCUGGGAGACUUUCUCCAACUGGAGCCAGCAGGUGUCCAAACGGAAGAAGAAGAAAAAGGCGGAGUCUCUGCUUGGAGCACCUUUCCACCUUAAAGACGGUGACAUCAUCGGUGUCAAGAACCUGUUGAUUGACAAUAACCGGGACUUUAGCACCCAACAGGAUGAGCAGAGGUUGAGGGAAGAGAAGGAGCAACGCAGGAAAGGAGGGCAGGGUGUGGGGGCUGAAGUUGAGACCAACCGAAGGGUGGGACCAGAGAAGAAGAUGGGGCCAAUCAAGACCAGGAAGACAGAGGUGGCCCUGUCAAUCAACGUGGGGGUGUUCCGAUAGCCUCGCCUUACACACACACACACAUGCGCACACACAUGCGCACAUACAGACUUUCUCACCGUGGCAUCGCUCAAUAUAAUGAAAAAUCUUCGGGACGUGUUUGUGUGCCAAACAUUUUUUAUAAUGUGUUCACACAGCAUGACCCCCCCAUACAUCUGCUAUCUACUGCUAGUGUAGGUCUGGUGGUGGGCUGACUUACUGGUUCGCUAUACAGACCUACUCAAUGUCUACUCAAUGUCACAAGCUGCAGUCUCUGACUCUCCUUCCAUCUCUCUGUCACUACACCUGGAUCCCUUCUCCCCUCUACAUGAGAUCCAAUAGGAACCAGUAUUUCUACAUGAGAUCCAAUAGGAACCAGUAUUUCCACUCAUAGUACUGGGUGUAUUACAUAUAUAUUGGUAUGUAUUUACAGUAUCUGCUGACUAGUUUGCAAUGGUACACACCACAGAGGUAUAGAUAUGUACCAGUAGAUUAUAGAUAAUAUAUACACCUAUAUUUCUAAUAAGAGUUAGUGGAUUUAUAUCCAUGCCUUAACAUGGACGAGCCACAAUUCAGCUCAGUCCAGAAUAGUCCUCCCUACCUCAUUUCUCUACCUCUCUGUUGCGCCCUCUCUCUCGCUCUACCUUUCUUUCCCUCCUAACUUCAUCUUCACUUUGUGGUCUCACCCUCUCGCCAUUUUCCUUACAUGGGAAAGAGUCCAAUUAUUUUCUCUGUAUCCCAUCAUGCCUCUGUACCAGAGUUGAUCACGUUAAUCAUACGAUAAUUAUGUUUGUUUCAUGUGCAUGCGGUGGGUGUGUGUGGUCGGACUUCAGGGAGUUAAAAUAAUUCAUGGAUCAUUUGACUAAUACGUCAUACAUAACUUUUAGAAAUGACGGUUGGACAAUGAAUACGAGCGACUUUGUUUUGAAUUAUGAGAUUAUUUGGUUUCCUAACUAAUCUGAUGUUUUUAUUUUUUCAUUUGCUGUAAGAAUAACUUAAGUUAGUUUUGAGUACAGUUUGACUUCUACUUGUGGUGAGGGUCAUUGCCAAGAGGCAAGGUUUGACAGAUGUGUUUUGGAUUAAAUACAGAAUAAAACUGAUCAAGAUGCA